CUCCUGUGCGUCUGCGCGGGAAGUGGAAACCACCGAGGAGGUGAAGCGGCGUGGGAUUUGUCAGGCAGGCAGCGUCGGCUGCUUUGGGUCUCUCUUCGCCGCUAAGCCCGCGGCCCGACCCCUUCGCCGCCAUGCCCAUGAAGGGCCGCUUCCCUAUUCGCCGCACCCUCCAGUACCUGAGCCAGGGGGACGUGGUGUUCAAGGACUCAGUGAAGGUCAUGACGGUGAACUACAACACGCACGGGGAGCUGGGCGAGGGUGCCAGGAAGUUUGUGUUUUUCAACAUACCUCAGAUCCAGUACAAAAAUCCUUGGGUCCAGAUCAUGAUGUUUAAGAACAUGACGCCGUCCCCCUUCCUGAGGUUCUAUCUGGAUUCCGGGGAGCAGGUACUUGUGGAUGUGGAGACCAAGAGCAAUAAGGAGAUCAUGGAGCACAUCAAAAAAAUCUUGGGGAAGAACAAGGAAACCCUGGAGGAGGAGGAGCAGGAGAAAAAGCAGCUUUCUCACCCAGCCCACUUUGGGCCCCGGAAGUACUGCCUGCGGGAGUGUAUCUGCGAGGUGGAAGGGCAAGUCCCCUGCCCAGGCCUGGUACCGUUACCCAAGGAGCUGACAGGGAAGUACAAAGCAAUGCUGAAGGCCAGCACCCAGGACUGAGGCCCCAGGCCACACCCAGGGAAGCCCCUGGUUCUGUCCCUGGAGGGACUCUGAAAAAACUCUUUGCCAUAAGAUGCCUGUGUGAAAGGACAUGGGAGGGUCGGGGGGAGUAUCUCCGCUCUAUCAGGUCAAUAAAAGGCUUCCUGGUUUCCAGCACAGUGGUGUGUGUCUGGUCCGAAGGGCACGGGAGAAAGGCCUGCGUGGGGAUGGGGAAGGUCUAAGGCCACAGCCCGCUGACAUCACUGUGUUGGUCCUACUGCCCCUUCCUGGUUCCUGUUGGCUUUGAUUCUUCUUCUAGGCCCUGCUCAGGAGAGUCAGGAGCUGCUGGGGUUGGAUCUGGUAGGAUCUGGCUGGAGCUAGGUGGUUCGCAGUGUAAGUCCCUUCCACUCAGGCUCUUUGGGCUUUUUCAGAAAUCCCAGGGCGAGCCUUGCAUCAGCGCUCACCUUUUAAACUGAAGCCAACCCACUUUCCUCCCAAGAGGCCUGGCUGCCAGUGGCAUAGGAGGCCCCGUGACAGGCACAGAUGAGACCAGAUGCCGCCUCUCCCCAGCCCUGGGGCCCACUCACAGGUAGGUUUGCAGACCAUGAGGGGGUAAAGGCGAAGGGGCUGGCUGGUUGAGACUUUGGGGCCCUGCUCUGAGGGCUGGGGUUGGAAGCUGCCUCCGUCUGCGCUCCUGCUCACUCAGGCCUUUGUAAGGUUUGGAAGAGGGUAAGGGUUUAUGGAGCGUCCGCCUAGUUCUUUCCUCAUAGGACAUGGAUGCUAUGGUCACUGAGUGACGCUGGCUUCAGCCCUCAGGCAACACCAGAGCCCUCAGGGAUUGGUUACCUUAAGGUUUAGCAGGUCCUAAAUUAAGGACCAGCUGGCCCGGGGAGCCAUGGAGGUGGACAUGGGGACUCUGCCUUGCAGGGGGCGGGGGGGGUGGUCAGGAGGUAGAUGGCCAUGGGAAAUGAUGUGGAACCAGAGUGUUUUAUAUAAAUGUUGGGGGUCAGCCCAUUGGGAGGGGUUUGGCUUCUUUUACAUUUGAUGCUCAGGUUGUGGUUUACUGUCACUUUGCAUCAGACUGGCAUUCAGGGGCUUGGCCAGUGGGCGCACGUGUGCAUGUGCCGUGCGUUCUGGGAUGACUGCAGGCUCACCAGGAUUCUGUCUAAUCACAGGUCUGCACCACAGGGCACCCGGCCCACCUUUUCCACUGUGGAGGAUGAGCAGAGACAGAAAUCUGUCCUUCACUGUAAUCGUUCUGUCUUGUUUCUAAUGACCGCGCCCAGCCAAGCACAGCUGUGGUCUCAGCUGCUAGGGCUUUUCAGAAAGAGUCUGUUCCCUUUGGUCUGCACAGCAAGUGAGCCAGCAUUAGGGGAAUACUCCUUCCACCCAAAGCCCACAGGGGCCCAGAAAGGUUGCUGACCUGGAAACAAGAUCCUCUUUAGAGAGAAGGGUCUAGUGCCUGAUGGGACGUGCCACCCUUCUCUUUACAGAGACUUGAAAUAAGCACGACCGGGGGCACGGUUAUCUCUUUAAACCUUUGUCUUUUAUUAACGUCUCAGUUUAGUAAUGGUAAAAGAUGAAAGAUGGGUUUAAAAUUUAUAAGAAUGGGAGAAAAAAAGUCUGCUCUGAGGAAUUGGUAUCUGUUUCUUUGCAGAAACGAUGUUCAUGUGGUUUUAGACCUUGUUCUUCUGAAGUGACUGGUUUUGAGUACAACUGGCAGGGCCUUUUAAAGCUGUCUGGCUGCCUGGUGGGUUCUGCCAAGAAUCUGACUUUGGACCUCAGAAUCCUCACUAGUAAAGUGAGAGGUCACGUGACACACUGAGCAAGUUCUUUCCAACUUCUACAACUGGAAGAAAAUGCUUUUAUUCUGGAUAGUUCUUACCCUUACAGGAUGCAGUGCUGGUGUGAGGCCUGGCUUUGGAGCAUCUGUGCUGAUAGCCGGUGUCGUCGGGCAGCCCAGGGUGUUCUGCUCUGGAACCGGCUGCCUGGCUUUUCGACCUCCACACCAAGGGCCUCUCCACCGGAAAUGGCCACACCCUUUCUCCUAAAGGUGUUUACAAGUCCAGUGGGCCAGCACAUGGACUCUGAGAGGUAGCUUGCUUCUGCAUUCAUCACCUAAAAUGCUCCAGGGUUUUUUGCUGGCACACACCUGGGGGAAUCAAAGUGCAUGGUGUACCAGUACCAUUCAGAGAACUGCCAACAGAAGCGCUGAGUCUGGAGACACUCUGGAAAACCCUGAUAAUUAAGGUCAACCGAGAAACCUUCCAUUCAGCUGCACCACCACCACCACCACCACCACCACCACCCUGGCCAGGCAGCAAAAUCCUGCACCGCCCCCCACUCCCUGGCCCCGAAUCCCCUCACAGCAUCGAGUGAGCUGCAGGAAUACAGCCCUUCUCAAGGAGACGUCUGGAAUGGAAACCCUGUGAGAAGGGAGCCUAUGUACUCCUCUGUCUGAACAACGAGCAACUGCCCCAGACUGCAAUCAGGAAUUACUGUUGGGUUCAAAAUGCCCACCUUGCACUUUUUGGUCAGAAGGCUCUGUCUGCCGUGAGUGGUGGAGGUGAUGUGGGGAUGUUCUCAGUUGCUGCACGAGCUGGCAGUUAAUGUCUGGCUGUAAUCCAAUUCUGAGAACCAGUCAUGAGAAGGAGCCCCGGGUUUGGAGGAGCCUGCAGAUGCCCGUCACAGACCAGAACCAGAGGUCAGGGAAGCUGACAAGCGUCAUCAACUCAAAAGCUGAGGAAGCUUCCAGUUCGGGUCACCACCAACUGUGCCUCCACACUCCCACUUACUGCACGAUACAGAUGAGCCACAUUUUCAUUCAUUCAUAGGAAUUUAGUUCAACACCACCAAUGUGUGCAUACAAUUAGGAAUGAUGCCAUCUCUUCUUAAACAUAAAUGAUUGUCUCCUGUACCCUAGUGCGUUUUCACAGAAAUUAUUAGCAUUUCGGCAAAAGACAUAUACAGUUUUCCAUUUGUCCUGCCCAGGGGCAAGAUGUUGCUAACAUUACGCAUUGAUAAGAAGUGCUUAGAAAGUGCUAAUAUUAUUACCCUGGUAAUUAGUAGCUAUUAAUUCCAAGGACAUUUUUAAUAUAUAUACACACAUACUGUUUUCUUAGGUUCUUUUAGUUUUGUUUAAUACUAGUCUCUGACAUUAUAAAACUCUGUUUUUUGCCCUUUGAGAAUUUCUAAAUACAAAUUGGGUUAAAAGAUUGUUCCAAAAUCUGCUUCAUCAAAAGGCAUUAAAACAUUUCUUAUCGCA